AUGUCGCCUAAUUCCUAUGAACGGCUAAGUGAGCGCUUCGACGAAAGUACGGAAACAUUAUCAUUUGGGUGCCGAUCCACAUCUCUCUCCCCUCCCUAUCCAACCAGACAACGUACUCCAUGGGCAAACCGCUUCAAGAACCGCUGGAACAUCUGCACGACCCAAAUUCACAUUGACUACGUUGUCAAAGCGGUUGUAUCGAGACCCUGGAUACCGUAUCUCCUCGUGAUUGUUGCAUCAGUCAUGGCUGGUGGAGGGGCAGGUUAUAUUGCGGCAGAGCGCCGCCAGCUCUUCGCCAAUCGAAACUAUUCGAGUCUCGGCUAUUGCGGACUUACCUCCAAGGAUAAUCAAGGGAACGGUUGUGUGUACGACUUUAUCAUCGGAUCAUGGAUCGAUUCGACGUGCCAUGACAGCAAGCUUUAUGCCAAAUAUGUCGAACGUCUUAGACAGCUGAAUCUGAUAUAUCACAUCGACUUCGACGGAACUACUGAGAUUUCCCUAGACGUUGCCUUACGCGGAGAUCAUCCGGUUAUAUAUACAACUGGAGGACAUCAUCACUUGCACUGUUCUUACUACUGGGAGAAGCAGUGGAUAGCGUGGAAAUAUGGCGGAACAGCUUGGGAUAGCGAUACUUUGUCUGAUGAACAUACAAAUCAUUGCAUCACAAUCAACGGUCAGCCUAGAGUCGAUGAACUUCGCAAUGGCACAGUAAUUAAGGUCUCUGCCCCGGAGAAGCGCAUCGAAUGUAUGACACGCUAG